AUGACAUCCUCGCAUCCAGCUAAAGCAUAUCCAUUGAGUCGACCAUCCAUCCAACGUUAUUUCACUUCCCCACAAUUACUCUUACGGCCUUCAAUACGAUUGAAAACAUCGCUCUACACAUUAUCAAUAACAAUAAUACUACUUGUCAUUUUAGCUUUGAAUGCCACGAUAACACCGUCGACGACGCCUCCAACAGAUGUGAAUACUGUUCCAUCACAUGAUUCACCGGCGGAUUCAGGAGAAGGAAAAGAUGUAGCAAAAGGGAAAGACGCACAUCUGGUCGAUCAAGAAAUACAGAGAAGUUUCGAAGAACCAGAUUUCGCUCUUUUGAGUGGGAAACAACCUCAUGAAAUAGGAUGUGAUGUUCCUCUAGAAGGUGAAGAUAAAGGUGUAUUCAUGUUUUUGGGUAUAUUCUCCGCCGCUGAUAAAAGGGAAAGACGAGAUUUAUAUCGUCGAGUGAUAAUACCUGAUUUCCCUCCAGAUCUGUUCACCGUGAAAUUCAUCUUAGGAAUACCGGCUUAUCCAGAAAAUCCCUUGGGUCCAGAAGCUGUUUCAAGAAGUAUGUUGAUGAACAAAAUAGAGGCUGAAAUGGAUCGUUAUGGUGAUAUGGUUAUGUUACCGAUGUUAGACAAUAUCGAUUUAGGUAAAACUCAUGAAUAUUUCAAAUGGGUAGCUAAAGAAUACAGUGGAGAAGGAAGAGUGAAGGGACGUCCUAAAUUCAUAAUGAAAGCAGACGAUGAUACGAUAUUGGUACUGCCAAAUGUGAUAUCUGGAUUCAAAGAUCUGAAUUGCGCGCACAAUAUCUAUUGGGGUACAUCAGCCGGAAGAUCUCAUUAUUUCGGUGACUACUUUAGAGGAUUAGCGUAUGCAAUGAGUUGGCCAUUGGUCUCUUGGAUAGGUAGCGCCGACAUGCCUUUAGCACAUAUAAUGAAAAUUGAAGACGCUCGUACCGGUCAAUGGUUGAGACAUUUGGAUCCUGUAACAGAUCCAGUGAAAAGGAUAGAUAUGGGUUGGACUAUGGGUGAUUGGAAUCAAUUGGAUGUUGGCAUAGAAACCGUUGCUCUGCAUUGGUUAAAGUUAGAUGAAUGGGUAGAACAACAACAUGAUAGGUUGCUUCAAAUAUGGUCAAAUGCAAGCAAACCAUACGACGUUGACAAUGGAAUAUCACCUAGAUUGAGUAUUGAAAAAGGUAAACAAACACCUGAAAGAGCUCAAAAAGAACACCAGAGACAAAAAGAAUUAGGUUGGGAUGUAGGUGGUAAUUUGGAUUAA